UUAUAUAUAUAUUUUUUAAAAAAUGAAUAACGAUAAGAAUUGUGCGGAAUCUUAUAAGAUUAUGGGUGGUAGAAGAUAUCUUAGUGAAGAAAAUACUAAAUAUUAUUUACCAAAUGAUGAAAUGGAAAUUAGUAGAGUAAAUUUAGAACAUAAAUUAUUAAGAUAUAUUUGGCAAGGAAAUUUUUCAUCAAAUAUUGAAGAAAGAUUAAUUAAAGGAAAUACAAAAGUGAUAGAUUUAGGUUGUGGAACAGGUCAAUGGGCAAUUGAUAUGUCAUCAAAAUAUCCAUUAUCAACUUUUAUUGGUAUAGAUAUUACUGCUUCAUUAUUCCCUUCAGAUGAUGAAAAACCUAAUAAUUUGGCAUUUUUACAACAUAAUCUUAUAGAAAAUCCUGGAGUUCCUUUUCCAGAUAGAAUUUUCGAUUUCACAUAUAUGAGAAAUUUAGCAUUUGGUCUUAAUGAUUAUAAUGGCUGGUUUCAUGUAAUAAAUGAAGCUGUUAGAGUAACUAAUUUAAAUGGAUGUAUUGAAAUUAUGAAUUAUGAUUUAUAUAGAGAUUUUACUAAGGAAAUUCAUGCAGGUCCUAUAUUUAGUAAAUUACAUGCUUCAAUGAACGAAUUACAUGAAAAGGAUAACAUAAAAAUGCCUACAGCAUCUGAUGUAAUGGAAUAUUUAAGGCGAACAAAUCAAAUUACUAAUAUACAAGUGGAAGAACAAGUAACUCCAUUGGGUUCCUGGGGUGGUAAAUUAGGAGAAUUUAUGUUACUAAAUGUUACUAUGACAUUAAAAGGAUUUAAAGUAUUUUUACAACCAUUAAUGAAUAUAUCGGGAGAUGAAUAUGAUAAUCUGUUGAAUGAGAUAAGAAAUGAGUGUGCAAAAUAUAAAACACGUUGUUUUACUUACAGAAUAUAUGGAAUCAAGUCUUAAAAAAAAAACUUGAUAACUUUAUUAUUUAUUUAUUAUUUAUUUAUUUAUUUAUACUUUCCUUUUUCUUUUUUCCUUUUUUUUUUCUUAUCAUU